CAAAACCGUUACAUGAUGCUGUCUUCACCAAAGUGCUUUGAAAUUUUGGUCAACUCUGUCACAUACUACUAAUGAUGAACAAUAAUGGCGCUAUAGAAGGUUGUAGAAAUGGACUGAUGAAAUUCUGUUUAACCUUGAUGGACUCGUCGCAACCAGAAUUAAAACACAUUCCAUAUUCUCUUCUGUUGAAGGUAUUUACAAGUUUAGAGAGUGGUGACAAGAUGGCGUCCAUAACCAGAAGGUCAGCUGGUUUACCUAUUAUAGUGCAUGUUCUGAUGAUAGCAGCUAAAAAAUAUAAACAGAAUGUUCUAAUUGAUGACACGCUUGAUAAAUUGUAUGUCUUGGCAUCAGAGCCUAUUCCAUCUGAUUGGGAUCAGAGACAGGAUUUACCAGCCGUUCAUGCCUUGAAUAUACUGAAAGCUGUGUUCAGUGAUAGUACUCUAUCAUCCAGUCUCAUGCCAUUAUAUAGUAAAAUGAUAAUACUGGUUGUCGAGAGCUUUGAAUCACCGUCCUGGGCUAUUAGAAAUGCCUCCUCACAGUUGUUUAGUACACUGAUACUUAGAAUGUUUGGUCCUAAAGGCAGUGGGAGUUGUCUGACCGUGGUAGAGUUAUCUGCCCAUUAUCCUGAUUUACCAGCCUUCCUGUUAAAGAAGUUAGAUGAUUGUGUUGUAAGACUGGAUGAUAUACUCCACCCUACCUUAUAUCUAGUGUUGACAAUAUUAUCCAGUCUCUCACCUUCACCUGAAGAUAAUAGUCUACAAGAAGAAUUCAGGAAGAGGGUAUCUUGUCUACUGUGUAAUCCCAUCUAUUCACUACGAGAGUUAUCUGCUUUUUCAAUGGUGGCGUUGAUAUCUAUAGACAAGACUGAUGAUUGGAUAAAUGAACUCAUUGAAAGAAUACCAACAUCCAUUGAAGAACUCUCAAAUCAUAACCAGUUACAUGGACAUCUUAUUUUGAUUGAAAAACUACUCUGCAACAGAAAUUUAAAGAAAGAAUCAUCCAAUCAGAUUAUUAAGAAAAUGUUGUCUCGAUCCUGGCUGAUGUCAUCAUUUGUAGCAUGUCGUCUGCUGAGUUUAAAAUUCUGUCAUAUAGUCAGCCAUCUUGUUUCGAUGUACCCCUGUGAUACAACAGAUAAAGAUAUUUUACAUGGUUUAUUAAAAACAGCUUCUGAUAAACAACAACCAGAAACUUUAACAAUAGGUAAAGGUUUAUAUGAAUCAUCUGUAGUAGACGUGGGUGUGGCCUUAUAUAGAGAUGAUACAACCGAUCUACUUUCAUUUUAUUCACAGUGUCUUACUACAGGAAGUCAUGAUAUUAGAUCAUCAAGUCUUAAACAACUCCAGUUAGAUUUAACUAAUAAUUUACAAUUAGACUGGAUGACCAUAGAGACAUGUUUGUGGAAACUACUCAGUAAAGAAACAAAUCAUCUGAACAUGAAGAUGAUUCUAAUUUUACUCUGUGAUAUCGGAUUGAAGAAUAAAUCAUGUGUUGGUAUUGAUGUUACGGUUCUAAGAUCUUUAUAUAACCAUGAUAGAAGUUUAUUACAUCAUCUGUUACCUGUAGAAGGUAGACUAAUAUCUUGUUUAUUAAAUACAUCACCUGAAACAAUAAACAGUAAGGAGAUCUGUGAUUGGUGUCGUCAUGUAGAAAAUUCAAGUAAUCGUGAUGAAAAUGAAGAUAUACGAUUGGCUGCUACUAAAUGUUUAUUAUUGGCUGGUGAUGUGAUAUUAAAUAUGGCCGCAGCAAAGAAAGAAAAAUCCUACGAUAAUUGUGUUGUAAGUUUAUUGGAGGCAUGUUUACAGUUGAUUGAUGAAGAAGAUGUUGAUGUCAGAAAAAUGGCCACUUCAUUUAUAUCUCAAAUUUGUUCACAAAAAACUAAGGGCCAUCAUAUAAAUAGUAAUUAUUGUAUACAGCUAUUAUUAGAAUAUAUCUGUGAUAAUUUCUAUUGGUCGGAAGCUGUGUAUAAAUAUCUGACCAAGAAACUGUAUCAAUAUGGUUUGUUACGUAAAUCUCUUCUUUCCACACAAGAUCAACGCAAUCAAGUUUUAUUCGAACAUGAUGAAGAUUCUAUUUUUGCUGAAAGAAUUUUACGAUGCCUUGAUUAUCAUAAAACUUUAGAGAUGAUGGGAAAGAGAAAGUAUGAAAGUGAGAAGGGGUGUGUUAAAUUUACUGUAGACGAUAUAAAUAAUAUCAACAAAGAAAUCACAGAAAAUCUUCCUGACUUACUCAAUAGUAUAAAAGACAGCUGUGUUAUAUCCUCAACUAGUGUUACGAGUGUCAUGUCGUCACUGACAGGUCUCAUUCUGUUGAGUGACAUUAUAGGUCAACAAAUGCUAAACUCUCCUACAGGAACUGAAGAAACCAUAAAACAUCUGAAAUAUUCCAUCCAGUCAUUAUUUAAGUCAAGUCAUCUUCAUCCAUGGUUUAAACAUUUACAAGAUACAGUUGAAGAUGUUAUAGACACCUGAAGAUGUCAUAGACAUUGAUAUUUAUAGACUAGAUUGACAAGUACCGGUGUCUUUCAAUGAACUACAGAAUCUUGUGUUUUGCUGCACUGACCUUACCAAUACUGCAUCGAGUUUGCUGUAGCAGUCUACUGCAUUGAGGGGGGGGGGUAGAUGGCCGAAUGGUUAGCGCGUGCGUUGUAUCAUAAGGUCUGUCAUUGAGUCAACUGGCAUGGUUUCGAUUCCUCGGGUGAACGUGACAAGGAGUAGGAUCGCCUGUCGUGGGUUUUCUCCGGAUCUUCUGAUUUCCUCCCACUGCUAAAGACCACCUACGCGCAAGCGAAUUAUUGAAAUAAAAUUGAACUAUAUGUUAGUCCCGAAAUGACUCAGUUUGUGUCAAGUCCCCAGCUCUCUCUCUCUCUCAUUUCAUUGCCAUAUAUGAAAUAAACAGAUAUUUAUAAAA